AUGCGCCCAUCCAUCUCUGUGAGUCUUGAGCCUGGGUUGGAGCGAGGGAUCCCCUGGGGUCGUGACCUCUACACCUUUGUAACUUCAGCAGCAGGUCACAUGAUGAGGACCCUGCAGAAACCCAAGAAGAACCGACCAUCCAAGCGUCAGGUCAACCACCGUCGCUUCCUGCACAACAUGAUUCAGAGAAAGUUUGCAGAUAUAGAAGCAGCAAACCACCGACUAGCAUCUGCUCUUUAUUUUAAGGAAGAGGACAAUGGCGUGUCCUCUCUGUCAUCACACAAACCAGACUCGCCUGACCAGCCGGGUAAUCCAUCUCAAAGUGACUGUCCACAGAAUGCAGAUACAGAUGGCACCUCAAAGUCUAGCAGUGUUUCCUCGACUGACGUACAUGAAACUCAGUUAAUUGAAAAAAGGAAGCAGAGUGACUCGGGACAUCUUUGGAAACAUCAUCCCAAAUCACAGUCCUCCACCUCCACAGCGAACAACCAGAGCAAGAGGAAGCAAGAAAAGGAGAGAAGUUAUAAACUGGUGGAAAUGAAAUCUUUAAUCUCCCCAAAAGGUUUGGACUUGAACCAUGGGGCAGAGCCAUUUUAUUCUGACUAUUACAAUGAUGAAAUUUAUAAUGAGAGUCAAUCUAAGCCAGCCAACAACCUCCAAGAAGACAUUGAGAUUCCUACAAAUGACUUCAUUCAAAAUAUGGAUAUCUCCCCCUCCUUCUCCCCAGAGCUAUCUCCACUGUCUCUUGACUCUUGUGAUUUCUCCGUUCAAAUGUUCACAGACCUUUCGGCCUGUACGCAGGCUCAGAAGAGCAUCUCUGACUUCCCUGAGGGUCAGCUGACUGACAUAAUGGAGCUCUUUACUGUUGACAAUAAGGAUGCAGGUGACUGCACUGACAUAGAAGCAUAUUUUGAAAGUAUUUGUGCAUGCCAGGGUGAUGAUGAUGUUAUAUUUGGAGACCAGUCAGAUAACUUCACCACGGUGGAUGAUCUCCACUGUGAAGGUGAGUAUAGGUAUGAAUACGCAUAUGCAGACCAGGGAUUGACCUCAAGCCACUUCCAAGGUAACCAGAGGAGCUCACCGAUGCUGAGACAAAGUGCAUACACAGAAGAGGAACAAUUUAACAACUUUAAACUCUGUCAAAAUACAGACAUCCCCCAGAACCAGGUCCCCUCCUUCGUCAGCUACUACUACAAUGUUGCACAGCUUCAGGUAUACCAGUGUUCUCAGGAAGUGAGCACCUGUAUGCAGGUUAACUGUGAAAAUAACCUACAGUUUACACCAUUUGAGGGAGUUGCUCAAUCAUUCUCUGCCCCACUUAAUAGCCCCGAGCACCGUCCCAUACCAACACCACCUCAGGAGGAUGACUGGCUGUUCACCGACAUCCUAAAGGACAGGAAGUCUCCUAGCUACUAGGAACAUAUGCCUCAUGUUCUUAAAGAGGUCAUGAAUCAGACUCCAAAGUGAUACAUGAAAAAUUCUGAAUGAAUGCAUCUUUGCUUUGUUCAAACUUU